GACGUUUUCAUGGUAAUGUUCUCGGUAAUUUUCGUAACUUGAGGGAAAAUGUCGAAAUAUCAGCGGAAUGUGCACCUCCAGAUCCUUACCCAGGAUCCGCGCCUGACAGGGAAUUAAAGUAGCGUAGAACUAUAUCUUCUUUCCGGUGUCAAACGACAACAAACACGUGUGAUGUCAACGCUAAAUAAACCCGACCAAGAACACUAUGUAGUAGCACGAAUACAAGAACAAAUGCCAGAUAAGCAGUUAUCAGUUGUGGACCGUUACUUUACACGUCGUUAUCGUGUUGAUAAUAAUGGAGAGACUGCAGAAGACCAAUGUAUUUUAUCUCAUUCAAACAGAAUAUGUAUCAUAGCUGUCGCUCCCAGUCAUCCUAUGUUAAAGACGACUGUCACAGGUGUAUCUUUUCAAGUUACUGAUGAUGUGAAUAGGCUGGAAAACAAAGUGUCAGGAAAAUCAAAGCGGGGUGCACAAUGGCUGAAACCCAAAUCAGCUCUUUGCAUCGUGACUUGUGACAAUGGACAGCAAUACACACUGAAUAGUUGCAUGAGAGGUCAACUGAUCGAGGUCAAUGAAAACCUGCUUCAGAAUCCCAGGUUACUCACAGAGAAGCCAUUAACUGAAGGCUAUGUGGCUAUUGUUCUUCCGGUGUUGCAUGAUUAUGAGCGAGAAAUGUCGAAACUGCUAUCGGAAGCUGACUACCAGGGAGUGUUGGCACAGCGACUGGUGAGCACAGAAUCCACGGAGACUGCAGCUCUGAUGGAUUGUGAAACAAAUAAAACAUUUAGUAGGAAAGAUUGAGGAUAACUGUGACACCAAGUUAAAUGGGACACUGCUCUAGUGGUAAAUUGCCAAACAGGAAAUUCUCCAAAGCCAUACUUUUACAAGAGUAGGUGUAUUUUACAAAUGGAAGCAUUUUUAGAGAGCAGGUUAAACGUGUUUCUCAUCAUUCUGUUUAAUUUUCGACAUCCUCAGUGUGAACACCAUAACUAUCGUGGAAUAUUAAUACAUAUCAACAAAUAGCAACAUUAAAACUGAUAUAGGGAGAAAGCUAGCCAAACAAGAUGAAUCAUUCUAAACAAUUUGAGAGAGUAAUCUGAGAUUUUCAUGCACACAUCCUGGUGCGGGCUAACUGAUGUUUUAUAUCAAGUUUCAACAUAAUGUCACAGCCACGAGGAACAGCCUGAGGAUGGCAGUUAUUGGUACAGAUGAGGACCACAAGAAAGAGACUGAGGACUGCAGUCAUUGGCACAGAUGAGGACCACAAGAAAGAAGCUGAGGACUACAGUCAUUGACACAUAUGAGGACCACAAGAAAGAGGCUGAGGACUACAGUCAUUGGCACAGAUGAGGACCACAAGAAAGAAGCUGAGGACUACAGUCAUUGGCACAGAUGAGGACCACAAGAAAGAGGCUGAGGACUACAGUCAUUGGCACAGAUGAGGACCACAAGAAAGAGGCUGAGGACUACAGUCAUUGGCACAUAUGAGGACCACAAGAAAGAGGCUGAGGACUGCAGUCAUUGGCACAGAUGAGGACCACAAGAAAGAGGCUGAGGACUACAGUCAUUGGUGCAGAUGAGGACCACAAGAAGAGGCUGUUUAGAUGGUUCUAGUGUCUCUAGAUGGCAAAAGCAGUACAAAUUCCAAAGUCAACAUUGCAACGAUAUAACUGGUUUUCUGUGUACUUUUAUAGUUUGUAUUUGCUAACCAACAAAUAAAUGAAAAACAGAUAUUGUUUCUCAA